AUGGCGGCCAUGACAGAAAUGCUUCGCACCACAGCCUUGCUCAUAUUGCUGGGCUUGUCUGAAGCCGUGCCGUUCGCACCUCAGGCUCAGACUACUGUUCAUUCUGAAGAAACGCCGGCUCCAAUGGUUAUUCCUGAAACGAAUGUUACCUCUCAUGGGCCCUACACAGGACCACCUCCAACCACGAUCGGAGCACUCUCAAAUACUGUCCUUGGGCCAUCGAUUCCCGCCUUGCCACCGGCCCCGGAUGCGGAGUAUAUUGACUUCAACCAAAAUCUCACUCGAUGGGGUGAAGCCGGUGUAUACGGCUUCCUCCCACAUCUCAACUCCGGACCGGCCGAGCAAAUGCUCCUCCAAAGCAUCACGAUUGAGGCUCGCCAGCAGUUAAUCUUCCGCCAGUUCGGAGGGCAAUUCCCCAUGCCCGAGUGGCACACUCCCGGUAUUCCUCAAAGCUGGGCGUGGACACUCCUAGCACCAUACAUCUCCAGCUGCCCCUAUAACCAGACCCGUUUGGCGUGGCAGAACUUUCCGGCAUUGCACAUUCUGAACCAACCGAAUCCGGCGCGCAUCAACGGCUCAGAUGUGUGGAAUGAAACUACGGGAGGAUGGAGCAACACUCUUUCUACGGCCAAUAUCUCCAAGGCAGAGCUGUGCGUGAAUGCUACGGAUAAGACGAUGGACUGUGGCGCUGCUAUUAGCCAGAAUCGGAGUAUGCCUUUGUCAUAUCCUGGCCGGCAGGUAUUCUUGAAGUGGGAUAAACCUAGACAACUUGUUGGACCGAAUAACAGCUAUGUUACGACGACAAAUGUUGUUAAGCCCAAGUUUGCUGCUUGGGUGUCACAGCUGAAUGUUACGUAUUCGCCGCUUAUGAAUGUGAGCACCGCGGAUAACACGGCUUACACUAUUCAACCUAAUGUAUCGACAUGGGCUGGAGAUCCUGCUAUAAAUGGCACAAUGUUCCUUGCCUUGACGGAUAGCGAUCUCUACGUUACUCCGUACAAUCUUACGAUGAUCAAUCCUCAUGUUGGAGCGCUUGCCGUCUACCAGGCUGGCUAG